ACUGGCAUAUUGAGCUCUGACAGAGUUUAGAGAGGGUAUUACUGCAUUAUUCACAGAUUAUAUGCCUGGCUUCAAUGAAAGUUUGAUUAUUCUGCCUCUAGCUUUUUUAUACGGAGAUAUCACACACCAUGAGGAUAUAACUGGACCUUAAUGAUUGCACUGGAUUAUUAAGAAGACGGACAGCAGAGCAGUCAACAUUUUGAGUGGUGGUGAAUAAGCAGAAAAGAUGCAGUGUGGUGUGAUGCUGUGUGUCCUGCUGCUGAUACUGUCCUGUAGUGCUAGAAACCAGAACAGAAGAAAGAACAGACAGAAGUCCGACAACACUGACACCUACAAUGAAGUCAAAACUCUGUUCUGUCCAGUGGAGUUGGCGUUUUUAGUGGACGGUUCAGAGAAAGCCACAAUGCCUGUAUUUGAGAGGCAGAGGGAGUUUGUGUUGCGCUUCAGCACCAGGGUGAUGCAGCUCCAGGUGUCCAGCUGGCGUAUGCGGGUGAGACUCGCUCUCCUCCAGUACAGCAGUAUCGUCUCAGUAGAGCACAACUUCCGGGACUGGCAGGACAUUGACGUUUUCCACAAUCGAGUGGAUGCUAUGACCUACAUCGGUCAUGGCACCUACUCAGCUUAUGCCAUCUCAAACGCCACUCAACUCUUCACUCAUGAGACGUCACCCAGUAGUUUAAGAGCAGCGCUCUUGUUGACGGAUGGGGUAGACCACCCACGCAGUCCCAGUGCUCUGAGUGCAGCCACAGAUGCCAAGAACCACAACAUCCGUAUGUUUGUCAUUGGGCUGUCUGGAUCCACACGAAACAAGCAAGAUAGUGGUACACUGAGGUCAAUCGCCAGUGCACCGCCUCAGCAGCACCUGUUCAGCCUCACUGACCCUCAGCUGGAUGAUAAGCUUUUUAGGGAACUGAGUGAACUUGCGAACACAGUUUGUCCACAUCCCAAAUCCUGUCAGUGUGAAAAAGGAGAGAGAGGUCAACCCGGAAAUCCAGGUAAACCAGGAGAUUCAGGAUUUGAUGGGCCUCCUGGUCCUAAAGGAUAUAAAGGAGAGGCAGGUUUACAUGGACGUCCAGGAUUAGAGGGUCUAAGGGGAAGACCAGGACCAAAAGGAGAAAAGGGCCUGAAAGGAGAAUGUGGCACCCCAGGUGUGAAAGGAGAUCAAGGCCCGGAUGGACCUCCAGGACCACAUGGACCACGAGGAGAUCAGGGACUGAGUGGUAACCCUGGUGACUCUGGCCAUGAGGGCCCUCCAGGACCUAAAGGUGAGCGAGGACCUAGCGGACCAACCGGCCCACCAGGGGACCCAGGGGUUGGGUUUCCCGGUGCAAAGGGAGAGAAAGGUAGCCAAGGCAGACCUGGGCCGACUGGGCCUGUUGGUAUUGGCGAGCCUGGAUUGCCUGGCCCACCGGGACCUUCAGGAGCUCAAGGCAACCAAGGGUUUCCCGGAGAGGGUUUACCAGGACCAAAGGGUGACAGAGGAUUUGAGGGUCCUAAGGGUGGACGUGGACCUCCUGGAAUUAGCAUCAAGGGUGAUAAGGGUAACACAGGGGAACCGGGUUUACCUGGACUGAUGGGAUUUCCAGGAUCUGGGAUCCAGGGUGAAAAGGGAGAUCCGGGACCCAUAGGUCCACCUGGGCCAAGAGGCCCUCCUGGAGUGGGCAUGGUGGGCACUAAGGGUGAUCAGGGCUUUCCAGGAGAACCUGGACUGCAAGGUGAGAGAGGAACAGGAGAACCAGGACCAAAAGGAGAACCAGGUCCAGAUGGAGCACCUGGUAUUCCUGGUAUCCCAGGUGAAGAUGGAUCUAUGGGUCCAAAGGGUGAGAUGGGUUUACCUGGUGCUCGAGGUCCAGAGGGCUCACCUGGAAAAGGGUUUCCCGGUGAGAAGGGAGACCGAGGUGACAGAGGACCUCGGGGUCUCCCAGGAAAUUCUGGAGCAGCGGGACCCCCGGGGGCCAAGGGAGAACCUGGAAGUUUAGGUAUGAUGGGUUUACCAGGACCUUCAGGUCGAGGAUUACCUGGUUCAAAGGGUGAACCAGGACCUGCAGGCCCCCCGGGCCCUGUUGGAGAGCCAGGUGUCGGGACUACAGGCCCUAAGGGUGACAGAGGAAGUCAAGGACCAGUGGGGCCACAGGGAAUGAAGGGGGAGGGUUACCCUGGACCGCAGGGGCUUCCAGGGUUGCCUGGCCCACCGGGUGAAGUUGGACCUGAAGGUCAAGGAAUUCCUGGAGUAAAGGGAGACCGGGGCUCACCUGGACUGACUGGCCCUUCAGGGCCUCCAGGAAUUGGACUGAUGGGACCAAAGGGUGCAGUUGGCCAGCCUGGUGCUCCUGGUCUUCCAGGACCUCCAGGAGAGGGAAUUCAGGGUACCAAGGGAGAACCUGGAUUUCAAGGGCCCUCUGGCCCUAGAGGGCUUCCAGGUGUUGGACUGCAUGGAGAGAAGGGUGACAGGGGCCUGGUAGGGGAACGUGGGAGAAAAGGAGAGAGAGGAGAACAUGGAAUGCCUGGACAAACAGGAGCCAAGGGGAAACCAGGAGAGAAGGGAGAUCCUGGCCUAUCUAGAGACGAGGUGAUCAGAAUAAUUCGGGAACUAUGUGGAUGUGGUCUAAAAUGCAGGACAGGUCCUUUGGAGCUGGUCUUUGUCAUCGACAGUUCAGAGAGUGUAGGUCCACAGAAUUUUGAGCUGGAGAAGGAUUUUGUGAACGCCCUGAUCGAUCGCGUGUCCGUGAGCCAUGAAGCCACACGUGUUGGGGUGGUGCUCUUCAGUAAUAUGGACAUGGUAACAAGCCUACAACAGCUGUCUGAUCAGGCUAGCAUCAAAGCUGCCGUGCGCAGGAUGCCGUACCUGGGCGAGGGCACGUUCUUGGGCAGCGCCAUCCACCGGACCACUCAGGUGUUCCAAGCAGCACGGCCCGGUGUUAGAAAGGUUGCGGUCGUGCUGACGGACGGUAAGGCUGAUGAGCGGGAUGCCGUGAGGCUGAAGGACGCUGCUGAAGCUGCUCACAAUGCUAGGAUUGAAAUCUUCGUGGUUGGCAUUGUGAACAGCAGUGACUCCCAGUAUGUAGAGCUUAGGAAAAGGAUGAACAUUUUGGCAUCUGAUCCUGAUGUAAAUUAUGUCUACUUGACUGAUGACUUCAGGAAACUGCAAACACUGGAGAGUAUACUGCUGAGUCAGAUCUGCGAGAGUGAUGAUGGACCCCUCUUCAUCCCGAAUGGCAAACCAUUCCCACCGUUUGGGCCUGAGCCAGUUCCAGACAGAACUGAGACUCCCACCAGGAAUGAUUUCAUCACAGAGGACAAAGAGGCUGCACUUCCAACAGAGUUUGAGACCACUUCUUCUCCAGAUGACUAUGACGAGAUGCAUAAUAACAACAACCUGACGCCCUUUGUUGAUGAGCUUCCUAAGGUGACAGAUGUGCCAGCUGGAGAUAAAACAGGACCACCCUCCAUCUCAGUGGUGGGACCCCAGACGCCCAUAAACUGGCAGCCUGUUCCAGAGAGGCCACCUCCACGUACUCUACCUCCACCAGCCCCUCAGUCUGAUACCUUCAUGAAAGAUGUGGGCUGUAGGCAGGGAUUGGAUCCUGGGCCAUGUCGGGAUUACAGGGUGAUGUGGUACUACGACCCGGAGGCCAACGCGUGCGCACAGUUCUGGUAUGGUGGUUGCAAAGGCAACAGCAACCGCUUCGAGACAGAAGACCUUUGUCAAAACACUUGUGUGCAGACAUAACACACCCUCACAAUGAAGCACAGGCCUUCAGCAGAUUCAUAUCAAGCUGUGUCGACUUUGCAAUCAUGCACUAUGCAGAUACAUUUUCACUCUCGUACACGUCUUUUUACGAGAACAGUAAGGAAUCUUACAAUGACUGUAGAUCAGAUUGUCCUUUAGGCCAACACUAUUUUAAAUAUUGUUCACUAGACUAGUGCUGCGCCAUUUUCUAGAAAAUAACAUGGAUAUUCAACAUACCACAUUUUUAGUCGCACUGAAUGUUUUACGAAUUUCUUCAUUUUUAAUAUUCCUUCCAUAGAAAUAGUAUAUUCUUUAUGUUGCAUCCCUACAAACACAGCAUUGUAAAUAUUUCAGCAUAUGUAAAUGUAGCACUGCAUUACUUGCUCACCAAUCAGUCCUCUGCAGUGAAUGGGUGC